AACAAACUGUUCAGUUGGCCAACCGCCUUUCGACCGUUACGUGCUACGUGUUUCGCAUUCCAUUCAAAAGUUAAACUUAACUCGUGUUAAAAGUUAACCGGUCAAUUGUUAAUUACAGUGUGGUGAUCACUUCUAAUUGAUAGCAUUUGUCGAUAUUGUUUUGUUUCCAAAAGUGCGCGAUGUCUAGAAAGAUGGGUUCCAAACCUCUCCCAGCAGCACUUAACCUCUAAAUAUGGAUCCAACCAUACUGUGAACGUGGUCGGAAUUUAUUAUUGCUGGAAUAAAUAAAUAAUGUAUUGAUGGUUUUUAAGUGUCUGUGUUUCACAUUAAGUGUAUUAGCUUAAUGAUCGCUUAUUUUCACAACCAUCAAACGUGAAAAUUAUUCUACAUUUUAUUCUAGUUGUUUGAAAAUUUGAAUUAACGGUUUUUGUAACGAUCGAAUUUGAGUGCUGUGACCUGUGAGUGUUGUUCUGUGUUGAAAAGUGUCAAGUGUUCGUGUGACCUGUAAUAAAGGAUAAAUUAUAGGUUCAGCGCUGGAAAGGAUACAAGGAUAGUUCGAGUUUAACCGGCAGCUAUGUGGCAAGAUAACCUCUCUAGCUGUUUUUGACAAGAUGUACCCAGCUUCCAGUAUGAAUGCUGCAGCUGUAGCUGCUGCGGCAAGGCAUCCGGGCCCUCCACAGCCUGGGCAACCAUUCAAAUUCACGAUUGGGGAGUCAUGUGACCGAAUCAAAGAGGAAUUUAAUUUCCUGCAGGCGCAGUAUCAUAAUUUGAAAAUGGAAAUUGAAAAAGUCGUUCAAGAAAAGACUGAGAUGCAGCGUCAUUAUGUGAUGUAUUACGAAAUGUCUUAUGGACUAAACGUGGAGAUGCACAAACAGACUGAAAUUGCUAAGAGACUGAACGCCAUUAUUGCGCAAAUUUUACCUUUCCUAUCGCAAGAUCACCAACAGCAAGUGGCCACGGCCGUUGAGAGAGCCAAACAAAUUACAAUGACUGAACUCAACGCUAUAAUUGGGCAACAACGUCCAGAUUUGCCACGACUACUGCAGCAAAUGCACGCCCAGCAGAUGCCACACGCGGGGCAUGCCCCUCCACUGCCCAUGAUGCCCCAUCCGGGGCUUCCGGGUCCCCCCGGGUCGGCUGCCAGCCUUCUGGGACUGUCAGGGGCUUUGGCGGGUCCCGCACACCCACUCAGCAUGCUGACUGCCAAGCCGGACCUCCGGGAUGACGUCAAACCUGCGCCAGGACUCAAUUCUGCAGAGGAGAGGCAUAGAAAUUCGAUAUCGCCUGCUGAGAGAGAAAAGUAUAGACCUAGGAGUCCACCCGAACCUGAGCACAAAAAAAUGAAAAAAGAGGAAAAAGACUGCCAUGGAAGCGAUGGUGAAAAAAGUGAUCAGGACCUCGUAGUCGACGAUGCUAGUGAGGACCCUGUAUCUCCACCCAAUGGCACGGCUUCGCCACGAGAAAAUGGAUUAGAGAAAUUGACCAACAAAAAAGAGCACGUUGGACCCCACAGUCCGCGCAGUGGUACAUCGUCGAAUGCGAGUACGCCGUCAACGAAAAAGAUGGAGGAGAAACCGACAACACCGAUCUCCAAGUCAGUGACUCCCACAAGUGGCGGGUCGGGCAGUGGCGGGUCAGCUUCCGCCAAGCCACUCGGCAAGCCUCCUUCACUUGCAUCGGCGGCUCAAUACCCGCACUACCUGGGAGGUGGUCCUGGCGGUGCCGGGGCGGGGGGUGCUGGGGCCCACGACCUGGCCGCAGCUGCAGCCGCCGCCGCAUACGGCAUGAGCCACCAAAAUCUGCCGCCCUCGGCGCUAAAUGCCGCCUACGCUGCAGCUGCCGCCUCCCGGCCUCCGCCCCUCGUCGGUUACCCGGAUCCGGCGCAGAUGCGUGCGCCGCCCCUCGGCCCCGCUUCGCUCGCCGGCAUACCUGGCGGCAAACCGGCAUACUCGUUCCACGUGAGCGCCGAGGGUCAAAUGCAGCCGGUGCCGUUCCCGCCGGAUGCGCUGAUUGGUCCGGGCAUUCCACGGCAUGCGCGCCAAAUCAACACCCUGUCUCACGGCGAGGUGGUCUGCGCCGUCACCAUCUCCAACCCCACCAAGUACGUCUACACCGGCGGCAAGGGAUGCGUCAAGGUGUGGGACAUCAGUCAACCCGGCUCCAAGUCGCCUGUCUCGCAGCUCGACUGUCUGCAACGUGACAAUUACAUUCGGUCGGUGAAGCUGUUGCCCGACGGCCGCACCCUGAUUGUUGGCGGCGAGGCAAGCAACCUGUCCAUCUGGGACCUGGCGUCGCCGACGCCCCGCAUCAAGGCCGAACUCACUUCGAGUGCCCCCGCCUGCUAUGCGCUGGCCAUCAGUCCUGACUCAAAGGUGUGCUUCAGCUGUUGUUCGGAUGGCAACAUAGCCGUGUGGGACCUGCAGAACCAGACGCUUGUGCGACAGUUCCAAGGCCACACUGACGGUGCGUCAUGCAUUGACAUCAGCGCUGAUGGCACCAAGCUGUGGACGGGCGGCCUCGACAACACUGUGCGCUCCUGGGAUCUGAGGGAGGGCCGUCAGUUGCAACAGCACGACUUCUCUUCACAGAUCUUCUCGCUGGGCUACUGCCCGACAGGCGAGUGGCUGGCGGUGGGCAUGGAGAAUAGCAAUGUGGAAGUGCUGCACGCGCACAAGCCUGACAAGUACCAGCUGCACCUGCAUGAGUCGUGUGUGCUCUCUCUGCGAUUCGCCGCUUGUGGCAAGUGGUUUGUCUCCACCGGCAAGGACAACCUGCUCAACGCCUGGCGAACGCCCUAUGGUGCCAGCAUAUUCCAGUCGAAAGAGUCAUCAUCAGUUCUGAGCUGUGACAUCUCAGCUGACGACAAGUACAUUGUGACCGGAUCUGGAGACAAGAAAGCAACUGUCUACGAGGUAAUUUACUGACCACGCGGAAGCAAAUCUAAAAAACGAUCCGAGAAGUCAAACUACACUGCUUCCGCCACACAAAAACAACAUUAGCAACAGUAAUAGUUUGCAAAGCCCUAAGGACUGUGUUUCACAGCUACAGAACAGUGUUGGUACUUCUAAACAAAGGAUUGUGUUUCACAGCCACAUACCAGUGUUGGUACUUCUUAACAAUGGACUGUUUCACAUCCAUAAAACAGUGUUGGUACUUUCUAAACAAAGGAUUGUGUUUCACUGCCAUAGAACAGUGUUGGUACUUUAUAAACAAAAGAUUGAGUUUCACAGUGUUGGUACUUUCUAAACAAAUGACUGUGUUUCACAGCCAUAAAACAGUGAUGGUACUUUAUAAACAAAGGAUUAAGUUUCACAGUGUUGGUACCUUCUAAACAAAGGACUGUUUUUCACAGCCAUAAAACAAUGUUGGUACUCACCAAACAAGCUAUUCAAAUCUAGUUGAAGCUUUGAACUCAUGAUUGUGUGUUGGUGCUUAGAGUGUACGGUAGACCAUGUUUAGCAGCCUUAGAGCAGUGUUGGUACUUUUCAAAUAAGUGAUGAAAUUUCUCAAAUUUAUUCAUAUGGAUAUCAGUGGCACAGUCAAGUUAUUUGUUAGUUUAUAAUAAUGAAACCAGUGGUACUGUUAUAAAAUUAAGCAACCAGAGAUAAAAACAAUGUGUAAUUUUGUAAAAAUUGAUACUUACAACGCAAUAAUCGAACAAGUUCUAGAUUUGGCAAGUCUAGCUUCAGUUAAUUUUGAAAAUAGCAUAAUAUUUCGGAUUCGAAUCUCAUGAUAGAUGAUAAAUAUGUAUGUACAGUAUAAAUUGCUUCACUCUACACUUGAUGUGAUUUUUGUAAUAAUAUAUUGUUGAAUCUGGUAAUUUUGUAAUAAAAAGUUAUUCUGUAAAUUAUGCUUGAAAUGAGUUUUUGUUAUUGAUCGACAAAUGGUGAAUUAUCACUUUUUGAAAGAAUCUUCGUGGUAAAAAGAAUUUAAAUUUAAAACUGGUAGGUUAGUUUCAUGGUGGAGUUGUAUUAUGAAGCGCUAACAACAUGACUAGGGUCUACACUUUAGAUUAUUUUGAAAAAGAGUUGAAGUUGAUGUCCUACAAAAAUCUUGAAGUCUCAGUAAAUUUUUUCCUUGUAAACAAUUCAUGAAGUUCAUCAACUAAAAUAGAAUAUUAAUAUUAUUGGAUAAUCGGAAUUGAACGGUUAUAAGUUAUCGUUUUAACUACUACUAGUUUGAUUUAGAAAAGAACGACCUUUACUCCAAGUACAAGUAGUAAUAAAAUGUUAUGCCAGCAGGGGCCUAUUUCACAAAGGUACAAGUAUUGUUACCAAUCAUGGUUACGCACAAUUACUUGUAGUUACAAGUUUACAAGUAAUCACGUUUCACAAAAAUGUAUGAUCUACAAGUUUACAAUUAGUAUACAAGUACUUCAAUAGUAAACAUAACCUAUUUUCAUGAUAAUUUCCUUUUUUCAUUAUUAAAAAAGGUUACUUGUACUUUUUAAUAAUUACUUUGAAAGCAAUAUAAUGGUUUUGUACAGUCUACUUUAUUGAUUGCUGAAUUUGUAACCUACAUAGUUUUCCUACUGUGUGUAUAUAUAGUAUAUGUACUAUAUAUAAUGUAUACUAUAAUUAUAUACUGUGUAUAUAUACUAUAGUACACAUAACCUAUGAGGUAACACAUUAAUGACUAUUUUGGAAAUUCAUUUAAUUUAAUUUCCUAAUGCAUAUAUUUCCAAAAUAAUGAAUUAUAGAGGAAUAUAGGACAUUUUUGAUUAUUAGAAAUAAUUAUUGAAUAUUUAAAAUCAUUUUAAUGAUCACUUGUAAAUCCUUUACAUGGCUUUCCACUUCUGUAAAAAUUUCUUAGUUACGAACAAGUAAAUUCGACAAAAAUUGUUGGCUACAAUGACUAUUUUUUGUGAAACACUUAUUCGUAACAAGCAAAUCACUUCUAAACUUGUAGAAAUUCAUUGUAACUACAAGUUUACAAUUCUGCUUUUGUGAAACGCUUGUAAUCAGCUGUUCUCCAAAACCAUGGUUGGCAACAAGACUUGUAACCUACUUGUACCUUUGUGAAACAGGCCCCAGGUGUUUUAAUUGAAGAUGAGAGUAACAAUUAUUAUAUUAUAAUUUUUGUUAGCAAGAGUCAAUUUUAAAGUAAAAUAAUACACAGACCGACUUACCCUCAUUCAUCUGGAAUGAUCAGUUUGAGGUUUUCACGAAAAGUUAUCUUGAAGGCACUGUUUUUACAACUUUUGCUAUUGGGAAUAUUCUCCUAUAGUGAGUCCACGUUAUGAUGGCAGUGGAGAAAGAUAGGGGAACAACGUUGCCGAUCCUCUGUCUUGUCAAUGCCUUCUAUAGACGGUAGCUGAUACAGGUUUAUUGACGUAAUAAUAACUGUUCAUUCUGGUUUAAAAUAAUCAAUUAUACUUUAUUAAGCAAGAAAUUAUAUAAUGAUUUUUCAUAAAUAUUUUGUCAAUUAAUUAUCAAUUCUACAUUUUUAAAAGACGAUCUGGCAACAGAGCAUAGCGAGAAAGAGACAGCGCUAUUCGCUUUGUUGAAUAAUAGACAAGGAUAGCAAUACCAUUGCUAAUCAAACACUGCCAUUAUAACGUGGACCUCACUAUAGACUAGAGAACUAUAUUAAACUAUGUACUUGUUCUUGUACAUAAUAUUAUAUACAUGUUAUAAUAUGUAACUACGUAUCAUAUACGUGCUAUUUGAGUAUUGUAUAGAAAGGAUGUAUUUUUUAUUUUGAUGUGAGCCUGUUGGAUUUAAGUGGUAGUGCGAGCUAUGUUGAAGCAUUAGAAAGUUCUAAAACUUGUAUGACCAAUCCAGAAUAAUUAGAAUAGAAUCUUGAUUGAUAAACCAUGAAUUAUUUCGAUAUGUUUUUAUUUAUGUUUGGACAUAGCUAUUAACCUUAAGCUACUGAUUGAGUCCUUGUGAAGCCUUCAACUUUGAUGUACUAAGAAAAUAAAUCACUAUUCUGACUUCAAAGUAAUCUCUUAUUAUAGUCAGCCGUACGAAAGUAGUCCGAUGUAAAUUGGAACGGAUGAGUGCUUAGUGUUGUCAAAUCAAGUUUAUCAACGUCGUCUACAACUAAUUUUAAGGUCCGGCUCCCGAGCUCAGGAUUAUCUAAGUUCUAGACUUUAAACAGCUGGAGUCAGAAAAUUUGCUUUCCAAAACGGGGCGUAGUCGCAGUCCAAUAUUUAAAUUUCUAAAAACUUAAAAUUGAACGUAAAAUAGAGUAAAUUUUCAGCUAUUUUGAAUUAUCUAGCAAUGUUUCAUUUCGUCAAGGAAAAACGUUUCCUAUGAUAGAAAUGAGAAAAUAGAGAUUAUGUUAAAAACUGCAACUACGCCCCGUUUCGGAAAGCCAAUUUUCUGACUCCAGCUGUUGAAGUCUAGAACCUAGCUGCAUUCCGAGCUCGAAAACCGGCCCUAAAUGAUAGUUAAUAAAUAUUUUCAUCAUACCUAACUCAAGAUCUCUUAUCAGUUAUCACCUCAGCAUUGUAACCAAAUUUUCUUCAGUGGAGGCUUGUAAAAUUAAAAAAGUAAACAGCGAAUACUUGAAAAAUCAAUAAAGUAAACAGUGUAGAUUAGGUUUACUUUUAACCCUCAACAUAGCUCGAUAAUAUAAAUGAUGAUGUUGAAUAAUUAAACACAUGAUUGUGAAUAUGGUGUAUCAUUUAUUAUGUAUAUUUAACAUCAAUACAAACAUAAUCGUUUCAUUUCA